UCUAAACUAAAGUAGACUGUAGACCACACCUGAGACUGAGAGCAGUCCCUCAAAAACAGAACACCAUAGAAACCAUGAUCACAGUAGCAGCAACCGCCGCCAACACCACCACCACCAUCUCCACCUUAUUAGCCAUAGCCACCUCCUUUCUCCUCCUCCUCAUCACUUCAUCCCCAACAACCCCAAAAUCCAGCAACUACCACACCCUCUUCCUCUCCACCUCCCUCUCCACCAAUGUCUCCAUAUCCAACCACCUCCAAGCUCUCACCCACAGACCCCACAUAGCAUCAUCCGAAGCUAACUCCCAAGCUGCAAACUACGUCCUCAAAGUCUUCACUUCCUCAAACAUACCCUCUCACAUGGCUUCCUAUCAUGUUCUCCUCUCAUACCCUCUCUCCCGCUCGUUGCUUCUCACUACUACUCCCCAAGAACCUCCCUUUAGCUUCUCCUUGAAGCAAGAACCGUAUAAGGGUGACCCUUAUGCGGCUGUUUCCGGUGAGGUAGUUCCAACGUUCCAUGCAUAUGCAAAGUCAGGAACUGCGGAAGGACCUGUGGUUUACGUGAACUAUGGAAGAGUGGAGGACUAUUUGAGUCUGAGGAAGAAGAUGGGUGUGAAUGUUUCAGGCUGUGUUGUGUUGGCAAGGUAUGGGAAGAUAUUUAGAGGGGAUAUUGUGAAGAAUGCUUAUGAUGAAGGUGCUGUUGGGGUGGUGGUGUAUUCUGAUCGGAAGGACUACGGUGGUGGUGACGACGACGGUGGAAGGUGGUUUCCUGAUGGCAAGUGGCUGCCACCAAGUGGGGUCCAGGUGGGGUCAGUGUAUCAGGGGACUGGUGAUCCCUCAACACCAGGUUGGGCGAGUAGUGGUGGUGAUGGUGAGUGUGAGAGAUUAACCAAGGAGGAGGUGGAGAAGGAAGGUGAUGUUCCUCUUAUACCUUCAUUGCCAGUGUCUGGUGCAGAUGGUGAGAAGAUUCUGAGGUCAAUUGGUGGACCUGUUGCUGAACAUGAUUGGCAAGGAAGCAAAGAUGCUCCUACUUACAGGGUUGGACCGGGGCCAGGAAUUCUCAACCUCACUUUCAAGGGGCAGGAGAAUAUUGCAUCAAUUCAAAAUGUUAUUGGUGUAAUUGAAGGAGCAGAAGAGCCUGACCGAUAUGUCAUUCUAGGAAACCAUAGGGAUGCAUGGACAUUUGGAGCUGUUGAUCCAAAUAGUGGCACUGCAGCAUUACUUGAGAUUGCUCAAAGAUUUGGGAAGCUUCAAAAACAAGGGUGGAAGCCUAGAAGAACAAUUAUAUUAUGCAAUUGGGAUGCUGAGGAAUAUGGCCUUAUAGGAUCAACAGAAUGGGUAGAAGAGAACAGAGAACUUCUUGCUUCAAGAGCUGUGGCUUACUUGAAUUCUGAUUGUGCUGUUGGUGGAGCAGGGUUCAAUGUCAUGGCUACUCCCCAGCUUGAUGAAUUGAUCAAAAAAGCAACUCAGCAGGUCACAGACCCAGAUAACUCAUCACAGAGCCUUUAUGAAGCUUGGACUAGUUCUGGCACCUCUCCUUUGAUUGGAAGAUUAGGUGGUGGAGGAUCAGAUUAUAAACCUUUUGUGCAGCAUGUGGGAAUUCCAUCAAUUGAUUUAGCCUUUGGAGGAGACACUGCAGAUUAUCCAGUAUACCACUCACUGUAUGAUGAUUUCAUCUGGAUGCAGAAAUUUGGAGAUCCUAUGUUUCAUAGGCAUGUUGCAGCUGCAAGUGUUUGGGGUCUAGUAGCAUUAUGGCUAGCAGAUGAGGAGUUCUUACCUUUUGAUUAUCAAUCCUAUGCUAAGGAGCUCCAGCUUAAUGUGAAGAACUUGGAAGGUGAGAUUUCAAAUAAAGACAUAAAUUUGUCUCCUAUAUUGAAGUCAAUCAAGGAGCUUGAGAAAGCAGCAAUCAAGAUAAAUGACCAGAGAAAGGAAAUAGAAGCAAGUAAAGGUUGGAGAGCAUGGAAAGAGUACCAAAUGAAAGUGAGAGAUGUGAAUGAUAGACUUAUGAUGGCUGAACGUGCAUUCACUGACAGAGAUGGCCUCUUAGGAAUGACAUGGCAUAAGCAUUUGAUAUAUGGUCCAACAAAAAAUAAUGACUACGGCUCUCAAUCUUUCCCGGGAAUAGGUGAUGCUGUGAGAGUGGCAAAAAAUCUACAAACUGCAGAGUCAUGGCAUCGUGUACAACAUGAAGUUUGGAGAGUCUCAAGAGUCAUCAAACAUGCCUCAUUAGUUCUCAUUGGUCAAUUAACAUGAACAUUUAUUACUUGCACAUAAUUUAUUUUGGUUAUAAGUGUGCGUGUGUGUAUAUAUAUACAUGGGCAUGGCUCUCUCUCUUAAUAAUGAGAUCAAUUUGGAUCCUUUUGCAUUGUACUCUAAGCUAAUAAAAUAUUGGCAUUAUGAAAGGAUUGAAGGGACUACUAAAA